GGGGCGGGAGGGGGCAGGGGCUGGCGGCCGCCCGCGCCCCCGAGCUCCUCACCUUGGGGCGAGCGGCGGCGGCGGCUGCCGGGCUGCGGGAAAGCGGAGCGCGGUGAGCGGAGCGCGGCCGGCCGGCCGGGGGCAAAGAAGAAGAUUUUGCCAUUCCUAUGUCAGUAUUUAUCAGCUUCACGAACUGUGGGAACAUUUUGAACUCCUUACAAGGGAUCAGUGAAAGCAACUAGGAAAAGCCAGCCAGAAAACCAGGUUUUUUGGUGGAGUCCGUGGAACUGUUCCUCCUUCACUGCUGCUCUGUGAGAUCAACUAUGGAACAUGCUCAAGAACAAGAAGCAUGUCCUGAGCAAACCCAGAGGUAUUGUGUGCAGAGACCAAUAUACAACCAGGAGCUCCUGCAAGGACAGCUGCACAGGCGACAGAGAACCCCUCAGACUUUAGGGCAGAAGAUUGCACAUUCUUGUCGUUGUUCUUCCAAGAAAGCCAAGUCUCAUCUUUACAGUUUCUUACCAAUUUUAAAAUGGCUGCCUCAUUACCCAGUGAAGGAAUACUUAUUGGGAGACAUUAUCUCAGGUAUUAGCACUGGGGUCAUGCAGCUUCCUCAAGGUUUAGCCUAUGCUUUGCUGGCAGCUGUUCCCCCAGUAUUUGGCCUAUAUUCUUCAUUUUAUCCUGUUUUUCUGUAUACUUUUUUUGGAACCUCCAAGCACAUAUCAAUAGGAACCUUUGCUGUGGUCAGUAUGAUGGUUGGUAGUGUUGCUGUGAGAGAAGUGCCUGAUGAAAUGAUUUCUCUGGACUCUAAUUCUACUAAUACUACAGAUGUCCUUGAAUAUUUCAGUGCUAGGGAUACCAAGAGGGUGCAGGUAGCUGUGGCUCUCGCCUUUCUUUCAGGACUCAUCCAGUUGUGUUUAGGUUUCCUUCGGUUUGGAUUUCUGUCCAUCUAUCUGACGGAGCCUCUGGUGCGAGGCUUUACCACUGCAGCUGCAGUUCACGUCUUCACUUCCCAGUUAAAGUAUCUCCUUGGGAUCAAGACCAGCCGCUACAGCGGACCCCUCUCAGUUGUAUAUAGCAUAGCUGCUGUGCUUUCGAAAAUAACAACCACCAAUAUUGCUGCAUUGAUUGUUGGAUUAACGUGCAUUGUUCUGUUGCUGAUUGGCAAGGAGAUCAAUUUCCGCUUUAAGAAGAAGCUCCCAGUUCCUAUUCCUAUGGAGAUCAUUGUGGUCAUUAUUGGCACAGGAGUUUCAGCUGGAAUGAAUCUGCAUGAGUCAUACAAAGUGGAUGUUGUUGGGAAUAUUCCUCAAGGGUUACGUGCACCAGCAGUUCCUGAGAUUCAGCUAAUCCCAGCAAUAUUUGUGGAUGCAGUAGCAAUAGCAAUAGUUGGAUUUUCAAUGGCUGUAUCAAUGGCCAAGAUCUUUGCCCUUAAACAUGGUUACACCAUCGAUGGGAAUCAGGAACUUAUUGCCUUGGGAAUAUGCAACUCUGUGGGGUCAUUUUUCCAAACCAUUUCAAUCACAUGCUCAAUGUCUCGGAGUCUUGUCCAGGAAAGCACCGGAGGAAAAACUCAGAUUGCAGGUACACUCUCUGCAGUUAUGGUUCUGUUGGUAAUUGUAGCUAUUGGAUACCUUUUUGAACCACUUCCUCAGACAGUGCUAGCUGCAAUUGUCAUGGUGAAUCUGAAGGGAAUGCUUAAACAGUUUGGAGAUGUCAUGCACUUCUGGAGAACCAGUAAGAUUGAGCUGGCCAUCUGGAUGGCAGCUUUUGUGGCUUCUCUUUUCCUGGGACUAGACUAUGGUUUGCUUACUGCAGUAACAUUUGCAAUGAUAACCGUUAUUUACAGAACACAAAGCCCUGAAUACAGAAUCCUUGGUCAGAUUCCUGACACUGACAUCUACUGUGAUGUGGAAGAGUACGAAGAGGUUAAAGAAUAUCCUGGAAUCAAAAUAUUUCAAGCUAAUACAUCUCUUUAUUUUGCUAAUAGUGAGUCAUAUACAAGGGCACUGAAAAAAAAGACUGGAGUGGACCCUGGUGCCUUAUUAAAAGCAAGGAGAAAAGCCCAGAAGCGCCAUGCCAGGGAGAUAAAGGCAGCAAAUGAACACAGAAAGAAAGCUGUGCUGAAGCUGGUGAGCUCUUCGAUGAACGACGUAGAAGCAAGUGUAAAACAUGAGAUAGCAAGUGAUGACUUACCUGUGAAUGGAAAAUUUGCAGAUUCUAGUGUACAAGACAUGUCUCCUGAUGAGCAUGAACAUUUUGUGGAGCCCAAAUCAAAUAUUCACUCUUUAAUUCUGGAUUUCACCCCGGUGAACUUCGUGGAUUCAGUUGGAGCAAAAACACUAAAAUCAAUUAUAAAAGAAUACAAAGAAGUUGGUGUAUGUGUCUGCAUUGCCAGCUGUAGUGGCCCUGUUGUGAAUGAGCUGACAAGACUGAAUUUUUUUGAUAAAAGUGUAACAAGAGAGUUGCUGUUUCACAGUAUUCACGAUGCUGUCCUGGCUUGCCAAGUGAAAGAUGGGUCUGCUGCACAGGCUGGCUCUGACCUUUGAAGAGUGGCAUUGAGCGGAAUGGGAGCCAGGUUUAUGCUGAUGGAGAUCCUUUCUGAAUAUUUAAUUUGCACAGUUUGAAGAGAGCCUGAGGCUGUUUGUACCUACGGGUAUGGGGUGGUGCUUAUUUUUUGUAGGAAGAGUAGAUAAGGAAAUGGAAGCCUUCAUGCUCUUGAAUUUUUUCCUUCAAUCAGGGUAUAGCCUUCCAAUCAUAAACAAGCACAAAAUUAUGCAAGAAAAGAAAAUUCAGUGUAUUCUGCUGCAGUCAGAAUCUGGUGGACAAGGUGACAUUCCUAUUCCUGUUGAGAAAAUGGGCACUUUAACUCACUACAAGUGGGAUCUUGCAGGAGGUAACUGUUCUGCAAGUGCAGUACACUGUACCAGUGUCUUUAAAUAACUUUCUUAGAUGACUUUUAAAGCCUGAUGUCAACAUCUGCAUUCAACAGAUUGGUACAAUUUAUAAUACUCUGACAGCCAGAUUAAUGAUUUCACACUGGUGGCAUUUAGCUGCUGCUGUUUUUAAACCUGGAUAAUAGAAUUUUUUUUUUAAAUACCUAACCUGUCUCAGCUAUACCCAGUUCUUUGUUUCUGCUCUAAGUGAACUUGAAGUCAGAAACUCAUUGUUUGAUUGUUCCAUUAUCAGUAUGGCACUUGCACUGCCAAAACUUGGUUAGGCUUUCUAGAAAAGAACACAGCUGAUUUUAAUCUAAACUUAAUUUAGCUUCAAAGUUUAAAGACAAAAUUGGUUUAAGACAGGAAUGAAGCCUAUUUAAGUGAAGAACUGAUGCCCUAUAUGCAGUCUCUUAAGCUGGAAUGAAAAUUUAAGCAAGGUCUCAAUGGUCAAAAAGUACUUUUCUAUUGCCCAUCUUCCUCCCAGUAGUGCUGCUUCUGCCACAGCUUUUAAGUGCUUUGAGAAAUAGUGUUCAAUAGAACUCAAAAAUGGUACAUGUUUGGGUUUUUAAAAGAAACAGUAGCAUGGGGUAUCUUUUUCUACUGUCAGCCUGGCCACUGCACUACUGUCUCACUUCAGGUAUGAGGUGAAAACCGUGGAAAUCAUGCAAAAGAAAUCUCCAAUGCCCCUGUUCCCCUCACAACAGUCACUGUGAAGCUCAGCAGAGGUAGGAACCUAAGAGUGUUUCUCUGUAGGUUAUUUUGACAGCACACGGCAAGUGGGGCAUCAGUGACAUUUCACUCAGCACCCUCAAAUCACAGGUCCUGUGCAUAAGGAAUUCAGGCACCUUCCUCACCUCUGGUCACAGAAUGUAAUAUUCUUAUUUUAUUUCAGGCUCUGUUACAUUUAGGGCUUGCUUCAGGUAAACUGUUUCCAGGGAGCAGGGAAGUUGGGGAAGAUACUUCAUUUCCUCAGACUCCCCUGCCCAUACGGAUGGGAAGCUUUCUGCAUCAGAAAUUGCUGCUUAGCUGGAGUUCAAAGGAUGAAGUGCAUGCAUGUGAAGACAUUGUGUGUGCUUAUUUAAACAACUUUUGGUACAUUUUAUAAUGUUAACUAGUUCAACAAGCCUUUGUAUCUUCAUACAGUAUAUUUUUCUACUUUCAGCUUGUUGCAGCUUCAGUUUAUAACUCUCUGGUCUCUUCAGUUCACAUUGAAAUCCUGUCAACUUCCAAAAUAAAGUGAUGUCACUUGUCAAAA